AUGGCUGAGGGCUACGCCAAGGCAACCCGAAGACCGGGUGUCGUCUUUGUGAGCACGGACCCCAGUAGCUCCAACGUAAUCAGUCCAAUGUUGGAUGGCCUUCUGGAUGGGACACCUAUGGUGGUGAUCUGUGGCCAGGUCCCUGCCGCUCAAGAAAACAACGCCCUCCAGGAGGGAACCCCCAUGGAACGGCUCGGGGCAUGUAUGAAAUGGCGUGCACGUGUGCAGCGACUGAGCGAUUUACCUGGUGCAAUUGAUGCGGUAUUUCUUCAUGCCACCGGCAAACAGCCAGGGCCGACCCUCUUAGACAUCUCUUCUGGAAUCGGGGAAGCGGUCUUUGACUCGCAUGCCCUGGAGGCGGUACCGAGCGUGUCGCUGAUGAUUGAGAAAGUGCAUGGGAACGCUUGCCGCGUUGCCUCGCCCAUAGCCGACGCUCACUAUCUAUAUGAGAAAAUUGUCCAGGUGGCCGACAUGAUUAACCAGUCCAGGCAUCCGGUGAUCUGUGCAGGAAACGGGGUCCUCGCGUCGCCACGCGGGUGUAAGCUGUUGUCCAAGAUAGCUAACAAAGCUCAGAUCCCGGUUGCGACCACACUGCUCGGUCUGGGUUCCUUCGAUGAAACCCGCGAAGAGGCCUUGCACAUGAUCGGUACACAUGGCGCCCCGUAUGCCAAUUGCGCCAUCCAAAAUGCCGACUUACUUAUCGUGAUCGGAGCCAGACUGGAUGAACGUGCAGUGGGGAAUGCAGACGGGUUUGCGCCUAAAGCCCUCGAUAGGGAGGGCGGAGGGCGAGGCAUUGUACAUUUUGACAUCGAUGCAGGUAAACUUGGGAAAGUCAUCGAACCGACAGAGAUCAUUCUCGGCGACCUGUCGGAGACCUUACCCGUUUUACUCUCCCUCUUACUUCCCGUGGAGGAUCGAGUUCAAUGGCUGGACCAAAUCCAGCUUUGGAAAAAGUUGUAUACCUUCGAAGAGCCGAUGAGGAGGGCAAAACAUCGCCCGUCCCCCCAACAGGUUGUGGCCGAGCUCAACCGCCAAACGACUCCCAUGAAGAACAGCAUUACCAUGACCACCAGCGUUGGUCAGAAUCAGAUGUGGACGUCCCAACAUUUCCGGUGUACACAUCGACAUUCUCUGAUCACUUCUGGCAGUCUGACCACGAUGGGAUUUGGCGUACCGGCGGCCAUUGGGGCCAAGCUAGCCCUCCCCGAUCAACAAGUCAUUGCCGUGGACGGGGAUGCCUCCUUUUGCACCACGAUGGAAGAGCUCAUGACCGCGUUGCUACAUCAAGUACAGAUCAAGGUGAUUGUGUUUAACAAUCGGCAGCAAGUCAUUCUGUCUCAAUUGCAGAGGGAGUACGGUAUGAAAGCUUGCUGUGAUUCCCGAAUGAGUCCCGACUUCGAUCGCCUGGCCAGGAGCAUGGGCUGCCAAGGCCAACGAUGCGAUCGGGUUGAAGAACUACCAGACGCUAUCUACUGGUUAUUACGCUGUCGAGGGCCGGCAUUGCUGGAUGUGGCCGUCAGUCAGCCUGGAAUGGUUUCGAUCGCAUCAAAUGGGACACCGAUGGACACCUUGGUAUGGGCGUGA